CAGAGGGGCGCGUAGCAUUUUUCGUAGAUCGUGGUGUGCGUUACAAUGCCGACUUCUUGAUUCCAUUUCAGCUAACGACCCUUCGUGACCGCCGUCGGCGCUGGCGCUGAUAGCAGAACCUCGUCGUCACCAGAAGAAGUGCGCGCGAUCGCGGACUUCAGAACGAAACGAGUCCCGCCGAGGAGCGGUUCGAUGCGCGCUUUUCUCGUCGCUUGUAUGAUUGUUGAGUUACGCGUGAAAGGUGAAGUGAAAAUGGGCAAUGAAAACCUAUCGUCGUAAUCAAUCGCAUGAUUAUCAUAGUGGUGGAAGAUUCAUAGUGAAGUGAUUAUAAACGGGAAGUGUAGACUUUGAAACGAACGGUAAACUGGACUCGAACACCGAGAUCAGCUGGUGCGUCAACCGGUCUUGUUGUUGUAGUGAAGACCUUCGUGGAAAACUGCAGCACAGCACAAACAGUGAAAGAGAUCUGAAAAGACUGCCCAGCAACUGCCUCAUCUCUCAGCACGAUAGAUUUCAUACACCUACCAUCAUAAUGAGCUCCGCCAAAUGCCAACAAACGCAGUGCGUAGCUUCCGUCGUGCCGGGGCGAAUAGCAAUUGCAGCAUUUUGUCUGCUCGCGCUCGUUAGCGGCCAAACCCGACCGGUCCGUGCCGCCGAUCCAGUAUCGACAGCUAGUGUCAUAUCGGUCCUGCACCUGGGCAGGGAGAUAAUCACCAGCAUUAUGGAGACCUGGGACCUAGUGGACGAGGUGGGAGAUGUCCAUCUGCCCUACAAACGAGGCAAUGAUAAGAAAAUACUCAAACAAAUGUACAUGAUCAGUCAGCAGAUCGAGAACAGCGAACAUCAGAUUCUGAACAACGCCCAGCUCACCGUCGACAUCCUGCUCAAGCAGUUGAUGUUUGAAUUCCGGCUCGAGAACUACCUGCAGGAACUGGCCGAUCUGAUGAAUCGAGUGAGCCAUCGGGAACAGAUAAUGCGCUCGUACGUCGAAUCGGAAGAGAAGAUCGAACAGCUGACGCUGGAGUCCUUUGCCAGCAGUACCGUUGCGCUGGACGUAAACAGCAUUCCCCUGCUGUUGGCCCGGAUCGAUCUGCUGGUUUCGGGCUCCCGGGAUUUACCCUUCAAGAAACCGGGCAUCCUGGAGCUGCUGCUGCAGAACACUGAGGAGGCAAAAUCGACGAUAUGCAGCUUUGGGGUGUCCGCCCAGCAAGUGCUCUACCAGCUGUACAAUGCCAUCUCCAUCACGGAGCUCAAGGGAUACUCGAUGAUGCAGUUCUCCUGGAUGCUGCUGAAGGCUUACGGCAAAGGAAACUUCACCGCCGAGUCCCGGCUGAUGCGGCGUCGUUUCGAGGAUCGCACCAGCCGCACCCAGCAGCUGCUGCAGCGGGUGAUGCAGCAGGCCAGUCGUGACUACUGGCGCUGCGAUCCGGAGCGCAACCAGCAGAAGGAGGGCGAAACCUUCCUCCAGAUUACCCGACUGCUGCAGGGCUACGUCGAGAACGAGGUCGACAUGAACACCGAGAACACCUGCAAGGAGAACUGUGCCCACUACAGCUGGGGCGUCAAGCAGGAGCAGUGCUACAAGGAUCUGUACUGCUCGAAGCAGCCGAAGUGCUCCGGAAGGAUCUACAACUGCGAGUACAUGGACUCGGACAUGUGGAUCUGCCCGUCGGCCACCAGCAGCAACCGGCGGUACGAGUAUAUAGAGUACGAGAACGGGGUUAUCCUGGGCCAGAAGGGUCACUGUCCGAGAGGGACGACCAAGGUAGACUCCUGGUGGCGCUGGCUGUUCUGGCACUGCAGCUAUUGUAUGUGCCUGUGCGAUGAUGCCGGACCGCGCUCGGAUCGGUACAUUAACAUGCGGGAGUCAGUGUCUGACGUGAUGAACAACAAAAUCGUCACGGGGAUGCGCUUCGUGAAGAAGAACCGUAUCAUUCACCUGAUUGUACAGCAGGGUACGCUCCUACCGCGAGGUCUGAUUGACAACACCACUUUGGAAUGGGUGGAAGCCGAGGGCUACAACAUCCUGUCACCGAACGUUCGCAACGGCCAAGAUUACCACACGCUGAAUCACGACAAUCGAAUCUUGGACUUGGACGAUCUGGAAGUGCAACCGUCGUAUGUGCUCACCGGGGUACGUUUCCGCCUGCUGGGAAACCAUCUCAACAUGGAGAUCCGUAUGACCGAAAUGGAUUUUGGCACCGGGAAGCUAGUGGAUCCCGACAAGAGCAUCUGGAUCGGUAGCGACAAAACCGAACACAGUGAGGAAAAGAGAACCGAGGUCAAGUUAGACCGCCCCCACGUCCCCCUGCUAACCCCAUCCAAAUCCAUCCCCGACUCAGAGAGCAACCAGUUUAUUCGCUUCCGGGAGAGUGACCGAGGAAUGGACGCCGCCCAGACGACCGUACCGUUCUUCGACGCCCAACCGGUGGUUCCCGCGAAACCCAUCCCGCUAGCCGGUGCCGGACUGUUCCACAAGGGGCGACCCAAGUUCGGAGGAUUCAUCGCACCGAAGGUGUUGACGUACGACUUUGGACCACACGUUCAGCCGCCCGCUAGCCAAAUUCCGCCGGAAUCGGAGGAAAGGCAACUGCCGCGGCAGCGCUGAACCGGGUUUCAGAGGAGGCACAACACGUAUUACGCGCCCGUUUCGUUGGAAUGAAAAUGAAUAAACCAAGGGAAGAAAGACUAGAAGCGGGAAAAUUUUGCAACAACUUAAUCUAAUCUCAAAUGUAUUGCUACUAGUAGAGCGUUUCGCGCUAAUAAGAAAACAUACACGAAUAAAGUACGCGCGCUUUAUGCGCUUUUCAUUGGCCCCCUAAA